AUGUGCCAACUGUGCAACGAAUUGGACCACACAGCAAAAAACUGCCCAACAAAUAAAACCAGCGGUUUCCAAUUAAUCAUGUGUACAAUUUGUAAGGAAGAAGGUCACAACACGGAAAAUUGCGAAGGGGCAAGAGUUUUCCAAACCAGAACAAACCAAAUUAAAUGCCAACUUUGUAGUCAUCUAAGACACUCGGCAGGAGACUGCCACGAGCCAAGGAAAUCUCAACAAAAAUCAAACGAUUCAUACAGGAGUAACUACCACAGAAGAUACAAUCACAGUGAAGGUAACUACUUUGAAAAUAGUAAUGGCAAUAGGGACAAUCCGAAACAUACAAGCGACCCACGAAAAUUUUGCGAGUAUUGUAGAACUCAAAAUUACACAAUAAAAGAAUGUAGAAAACUGAAAACCAUUGAAAUACGCGGACAAAAAAGAGACAUCUGUCCCUACUGUGAAGAACCGGGACACUAA